ACUUCCGUUUGUACAAUAAGUGUUUUGAAGUGAUUUCUUGUCUACUAUAGAUAAUUAGGUCUUCAUUUCAUUGCAGUUACUGGGUUACUUUCAGGAAAAGCCAGUUUUCAGUUUGUCUUCAGGGUGUACAUCUGUCAUAAUUCUGCUUUCUUCCCAUUCUGUCUCUGCAGCUGUUCAGUGCAGUUUGUUGUUGUGGCACCCGUUAACACGGUUACAGUUAAUUGUCUGUCAGAGUUUGAAUGAUACACUCUUUUUACCUGGAGGUUUAUACAACCCUUGAAAAUACAUUAGUAAGAAUUGUGCUAUGUAAAACCUUUGACCUGAGGGUGUAGAUUUUUUCAUGUGUAAUUAUUUUUUACAAUCUCAUUCUGUUUAGCUAUUUGCAUAACAAAGACUGACACACUUUACAUCUUUCUCUUUGAUCUUCACUCUACUUGGGGUCAAACUGAAUGAAAAACUAUGUGGUGUUCCUAAAUGCGUGGUGUGUACAUAGUUCCUAACUAUGUGAUGUGUGGCUUGUGAAUGUACAUGUGCGCGUUCUGCCGUGCCAAUUUUAUGGGGUAGUGUAUGGAUUUCUGCUCUGAGGAAGCUAGGAAAAAGGGCUUGGAUGUUUUUCACUCUUAUCUGUACAACUCCUGGGACUUCACUGUGGAGAAAAAAGGAAGGGUCUUGGCAUUGCUGUCCAGUGGGGUCUUUGGGUUUUGUUGAUAAUUCUAUCUCUUGCAGAGUUAAGAAUGGACUAGCAGGGUAAUGCAUACUACUAAAUAUAAUGAAUUUGCUGUACUGUGUCGUAGUGCUGAGUCUAACCCAUUGCACUGCAUCUGCCAUCAAAUAUUGGGAAGUGGUCAGAAAAGUCUGUGUUACUACCUGUAUGUAAUAAAUUGUAUAGACUUAGAUGCCUGUUUCUCACCUCCACAUAGAUAUGUAAAUUCGGGUGCUGUUUUGUGGCCUUUGAUUAUAUUGGAUUAUCAUCUAGUCAUUUCAUUUACAUAGCGUUUUACAAGUAUUUUGAAAAAGGCCUACUGCUGACUCCAAAAUACAGUAGCCAGUUUCAGGCAGUGUAAUCUUACCUUUAAAAACAGUCUGAGCAAUUGUGUCUUUGGAGUCCAGAGUUGCAUUUGUAUGUUUAAAGUUGGUACCUAAUCAAUGAGUAAAAUCCAGAGCAUAACUUCCAGAGCAAGCAUGAUGCAAAAGGACAAAAAGCCACUGGUGAUGUGUCUCUGUAAAAGAGUCACAAUCUCAGUCCCUUCUAUGCCAUUUAUCGCGGUGGUGUGAUUGCAUGAAGUGCUUUUACAUGCUUUGUCUGCCCUUGGAAUUGGAGUAACAUUGCCAGCAGAGUCAUGGCUGUUUCUCAAAAGCUGUGUUUGGUUAAGGCUGGCAUUACUCUGAGUCUUUUGGCUUCCCCUCCCCAGUAAAUGGGUAAAUGUUAUAGUAGAGUCCUCAGGAGAAAACACUAUCAGCAUGCUAUGUGUUGGUCUGUUUGGGUUCUGAAAGGAUGAUUUUAACGCAAAGAAACAAUCAUCUUUCAAGGAAAUGAAACUGAAAGUUUACCUACAUUUUUAAAUCUGAGUUUUUAAGACUUAACAGGUUUCACUGAAAACUCGUAGAAUGUUUGGCUUGUUAAUGCAGCUUUUGUCACCUUAGGGUUGCUGAACUCUGUGGUAGCUUUCCUAGUGUUGGGCUUUCUCUUCAGCUGAACAGUGUGUGGGCAAAUGCCCUUUUGGGAGUGGUGUAAGAAUUUGGGAAAAACAACUGUAGAAACAUUUGAUAGAAGAUCCAAGAUUCAAGGGCACUGCUUGAUUGUCUACUUCCUUGUUUUAGAGGAGUGUUUCUUUUUCGAAGGGGGUUGGCAAGUUACCCUGUGGCAUGUGUGGGUGCAAUGAAUGUUUUGUGGAAACUUCUGUGCUAGAUAGCAAUUACGUGGUUGCAUGCAGUUGGGAAUUGAGCUUAGUAACCUGCAUGGUCUCUUCCUGUCCUCCAAGUGUUGCAGGCUGGGUGCCUAGUUUUUACUUACUCUUGGUAUGAAUCUUAAAGCUGGGCUUAAAUGUUUUACCCUUUUUAUGCUUGCACGUGAACUCUCUUUGCUUUUAGGCAUUGUGAUCACAGUGGAGGUCUCUACUUAAAUAGGAAAAGCCUGCACCCUCUGUCUGCAUCCCACCGUCGCUAUCCAUAAUCUAUGUAUAUUUUUAAUGCAAUUCUUGUGUGACUUUGACUCACCAACAACCUGAUAGAAACCAAUAGUCUUUGGGGCAGAGACACUGUGAUACCCUUAAAAGCAGCAGCAUUUAAAUCUGUGUGGUUUUAUUAGCUGUUCCAGUGCUGUCUCUUGAACCUGUGUUCUGAACUAUGGAUAUGAACAUCUGAUGAGAGCAGUUUAAAAUUAUUUUAGAAGUUGAAAAAAUGGUGUUUUAUUACUUCUAAUGACAAAAAUUCUAGGUGGCUAAUUUAUUAGAUUUGAGUCUUGCUCUAAGAAGCCAAAUGAUUCUUUUUCAUCUGUGAUUUAGCUCCCUGUAAACUCAGGUUAGGAUCAAAGAUGGGAAAAUGAGAUCUCUGUGUUUUGAUUUUUUUCACAUGCACACAUAAAGCAAUCUCACAGGAGCUUCAUCAAAUGACAUAUUUCUUUUAAUGUUACUAUUGAGAACACAGGCUUUUCAGCAUGACCAAUUUCAGAAACCUGACUAGAGUGGACAAGAAAAUUAGCUACCUUAUCUAGUACUCUGUACUCCAGGAAAGUGGGUUCUGUUCUGGCUUAUUUCCUGAAAAACUGGAGAGUGCUUGAAUUCGGAGGUGUGAAUACCACUCUCUCCUUGAAACAGCAAAGAGAUGUGUAGUUUGUUUUUUAAAGACUGUGAUAGGAAGAAGAAGCCUCCAUCUCUUGUAAUUUUUUUGAAUUUGCAGAAAGUGUGGCUAGGAGAAGAUCAACUCAAAAUGCACUAACCCAGGAAGAUGUGGAAGAGCAGAAUUUAGAAUUUUCUUGUUCAUCGCAAGUUCACAAGUGUGUCUCAGUGUACAUACACUCUGUUAUAUUGCUUUAUGGUGCAUCUUUUCAGACUCUAUAGGAAUGAACCAGGAAGUGAGGAAUUGGACCAGAAAUAUACAAAUUAGGUUUCUGAGAUAGAGCAAUUUUUCAUUUUGUUCCAUAUCUUCUUUGCUUUGUUUAUGGGAUGUUUUCAUUGGUAGUGAGUGUCUUCUUUUACAUUGCUAUUAAUAAUAAGUGAACUAAUAGAAAAAGUACCUUACAGAAUAGAUAGUUAUCCCCCUAGUUUUGUCCUCAUAACAGUUAAUUGAUUUUCUAUCUUAGCUUGUUUUGGAUCUGAAUCUUGACUUUCUGUCUUAAUAACUGACUGUAUCAGAACUGAUACAGUAAUUGACUGGCUCUGAAUCUCCUGCAUUUAUAUGAGAUCUGUAUUCAGAAGAUUUUGAUGGUCCAGACUGAUCUGUGUGUGUAUUCACUUGCAGCAUUUCCAUCUGCCAUACACACAAAGUUUUGGCCUGCUUCAAAGCAGUCCUUUUGAGAGAAUUCUUCUACCACUGUAAGAGGCUGUCAUUUAUGAUUCUUUAUUCCCUGGCAUCAGACAUUGUAUGUCAACUUUUACUCUAUGAAAUGGUGACAAAAGGUCUUGGUAAGGUGAACCAUUCUGUUUCUCUUUAGUGAACAAAGUUUGCAGCUGAAAACUGUUACAUGUUUCAAAGACAGAGGUAUUAAAUCCCACUCUGAAAAGCCACUCUGUGGGAGGGAGACUUCCCCCUAACUUUUUUUGCAGGUAUAAUAUGAAAAAGGAGGCAAUCCUGCAAUGCUUGGGCUCUUAGAACUAUAUCAAAUUCACUGGAAGUGUAAACUAGAAUCUCAGGUUCAGCUGCUUGUGAUUUGCUAAAAUGAAUUCCCUCAAAAAUACUAAUUUCUUUUAAGAAGAGCAGAUAUUUUUGUGCUCUUUUGGAAAUAGUGUCAGGCUUUCGUUAGGCUUUUUGGGUUUCCUUAUUUUGGGGAUUAGUCUUAUAAGAAUGUGUAAAAUAGUUUCAUAAAAGUAUUAUUGAGUUUCCUACAAUGAGCCAUAUUGUCAGUGAACAAAGUUGAAGCAGUUAAUUCUUAUACUGAAGGGUCAAUGAAAAGAGUUUUGUUGAGAGGUUCUGAGGAAAUCCAAAUGCAUGUGAAAAUAAGAAGGUUAGAUUUUCUACACCUACUUAGAAGCAAAAAAAUAUUUUGGCAUCUGAUCUCUAAAUCUGUACCCCAGAGGCGUAGCAGAAUGCCCAAACCUUGUUGAUAUCUCGAUUGAUACGUGGUAAGCAAAGACUUAAGGGUUUUGAUGUGCAUGUAGAGUCCUUGUCAGUUUAACUUAUGGUGGAUAUGCCUUUCUGCACUUGUCGUGUUUUUUCUGUUCUUCAACUUAUACUUUUUAAUAGCUCUUUACAAUAUUGACUAGCUAUUUACAGCUUCCUUGAUUUUUCUGGAUUUGGUUUUCUUCCAGAGAAAAUACACACGAAAGUACCAGCAUCCUGAGAAUAGCAGUUAAAAAGAUUGGGAAUUUUUUCCCUGUACAUCACUGGCUUGUGUGCAGUUGAACUCAAUAUGGGCUCCCUGCUGUUUUCCAAGGAGAUCAUGAAACGACAUCGGCUUCCUAGCAGCAGCGAGGACUCUGAUGACGAUGGCAGUCUGUCUGCCUGGUCCCAGCAUUCCAGAUCUCAACAUCAUAGAACUUCAUGCUCCAGAGAUGAAGAUCAGAAACCUUCUGAGGUGUUCAGAACGGACCUGAUCACUGCCAUGAAGUUACAUGACUCCUUCCAGCUGAAUCCUGAUGAAUACUAUGUCCUGGCAGAUCCCUGGAGGCAGGAGUGGGAGAAGGGAGUUCAGGUGCCAGUUAGCCCAGGGACCAUCCCAGAACCAGUAGCCAGGAUUGUGUCCGAGACAAAAGCUGUCACAUUUACACGUCCCAGGAAGUACAUUGUUUCCUCGGGUUCGGAGCCUCCAGAGCUGGGCUAUGUUGACAUUCGAACCUUGGCGGACAGUACGUGUCGCUAUGAUCUCAAUGAUGUGGAUGUAGAAUGGUUGCAACUUGCCAAUGAAGAAUUCAAAGAAAUGGGGAUGCCUGAGCUGGAUGAGUACACGAUGGAAAGGGUCAUGGAGGAGUUUGAACAGCGCUGCUACGACAACAUGAAUCAUGCUAUCGAGACAGAAGAAGGACUCGGGAUUGAAUAUGAUGAAGAUGUUGUCUGUGAUGUCUGUCAGUCUCCAGAUGGAGAAGAUGGCAAUGAAAUGGUGUUCUGUGACAAAUGCAAUAUUUGUGUGCACCAGGCAUGUUAUGGGAUCCUCAAGGUGCCAGAAGGCAGCUGGCUCUGCAGGACCUGCGCACUGGGUGUCCAGCCCAAGUGCCUCCUGUGUCCCAAGAAGGGCGGUGCCAUGAAGCCAACCCGGAGUGGCACCAAGUGGGUGCAUGUUAGCUGUGCUCUGUGGAUUCCAGAGGUGAGCAUUGGAAGUCCAGAAAAAAUGGAGCCCAUCACAAAAGUUUCGCACAUUCCCAGUAGUAGGUGGGCACUUGUGUGCAGCCUUUGUAAUGAAAAAGUUGGAGCUUCUAUACAGUGUUCAGUGAAGAACUGCAGAACAGCCUUUCACGUCACCUGUGCAUUUGACUGUGGCUUGGAGAUGAAGACGAUAUUGGCAGAGAAUGAUGAAGUGAAGUUCAAGUCAUACUGUCCCAAGCACAGUUCCACCAAGAAAGCUGAUGAUGAGAUUUCAAAUCAAAGCCCAGGUCAGGAGAAGGGAAUUCAGGACAGCUCUCUUCCUGCCUGCAUUGACCCUUUCCACAGCAUGGAUGAAAACCAGGAGGAGGCCCACAGAGUCAGCCUUCGCAAGCAAAAGCUCCAGCAGCUGGAGGAUGAGUUCUAUACAUUUGUUGAGUCUUUGGAAGUGGCUAAAGUGCUGCAGCUACCUGAGGAGCCAGUGGAAUUUCUUUACCAGUACUGGAAGCUGAAGAGAAAAGCCAACUUCAAUAAGCCUUUGAUUACCCCAAAGAAGGAUGAAGAGGACAAUCUGGCUAAACGGGAACAGGAUGUUCUGUUCCGAAGGCUGCAGCUCUUCACACACCUCCGUCAGGACCUGGAGCGGGUGCGUAACCUCACUUACAUGGUGACACGGAGGGAAAAAAUCAAGAGAUCUGUUUGCAAAGUUCAAGAACAGAUAUUUAAUAGCUACGCCAAGCAGUUGGAACAAGAAAGAGUUUCAGGUGUGCCUUCCUCAUUCUCUUCAGUGGAAAACACAGUGUUGUUCAACAGUCCAUCUUUGGGCCCCAAUGCCCCUAAGAUCGAGGAUCUGAAGUGGCAUUCUGCAUUCUUCAGGAAACAGAUGGGCACAUCUCUAACCCACUCCUUGAAAAAAUCGCACAAGAGAGACAGGUCUGGGAAUGACAGCAAAUCCCUGCUGAGGCAGCCCAGCCCGAGGGAAGACAGCGCUGCUUCAGGUAGCUUUUUAAAUUUUGACAAGACCUUUGCAGAAACACGGUUUGUGUCAGCACAGCAGAAAAAUGAUAUAGUUAUACCAGACCACAGGAAGAGGAGAGACAGUCGCUCACAGUCCGAGGUGGCCAAGGCAGAACUAAAAGAAAAGACUUCUAAACACAACCACAAACCACUGAGACCCACAGAACUCUCUCAGAGGCAAUCAGAAAACAAAAGGGCUGCGAACCACUCCAGUGGCAGGUCAGAACCUGGCACUGGGAGGGAUAUAGUGCCUAAAUGCAAUGGGGGUCUCAUCAAAGUAAACUCUACUCAGAGAGUAGUUAAAGUGCCUACAACGCCCACGACCCCAGUGAAAAACUGGGGUGGAUUCCGAAUUCCAAAGAAGGGAGAGAGGCAGCAGCAGGGUGAAAACGUGGAGGAGUCCUGCUGCCAGAACUCCAGCUACCCCUACAUGGGCAUGGGCAGAGUUCCGCCGAAGGAUAGGACAAAAAGGAAGUUAAAGCCUGACAGUGAGAAUGAUGGAUAUGUCCCUGAUGCUGAAAUGAGCGACUCGGAGACUGAAGUGGUUGAAAAAAAGUGCAGGCAGCAGAGGCUCAGUCCAAACAGCACUAUCAGCAGGAGGACGGACAUUAUUAGGAGAAGCAUCCUGGCAUCCUGACUGGACACAGGGAGACAGUGUCAGUAGAGUCACUGCCUACAAGCCAACGCCAUGUUUAUUCAUUGGUGCGAGAGAGGAGCAUUCUUAGACAUGGCUACAGACUGACAAUAACCCAUUCUUUCUGAGUUGUUUUAAAUAUGUUUACAUGCACUUAAAGCUGUUUUAAGCUUUUUGUUUUUUGCUCUGCUCCAUCCAUCCCCCCACUCCCUCACCUCCAUUUCUCUCACAGAAAUGAAGUUUGAGUCUCUUUUAUUUGCAACUUUCCUGAGUAAGAGAGAAAUGUCAUCACUACUUAAAUAGGAUUUAGGAUGAACAGUAAAAUAACUCACAGAAAUCUUUUAGAAGGGGCUAGGGUGGGUAGGAGGAAUCAGUCUGCAUUCAUCCCUUUUAGCUAAAAGGCACUGAAAAUUUUAUUUCCUUCCCCUGCCUUCUGGAAAAGCACAAGCUCUUAAUUUAACUCAUGUAUUGAAUGGAAGAUGGUUGUUAGACCAUACUGCACUGCACUGCUAAAUCCCAUUACAAAUGGUCACUGUCCUUGGAUGGUGGCAGCUCUUUCUCCUCUCUUUGCAGAAUGUGUUUGUUGCAUUCAGUUUGAGCACAGGUGCAGCUCAAAGCCCUCUGUAUGCUCCAGAGUUUACAUGGAAAUGAUGACCAGGAGUAGACAUGAUGUUGUACCAGAGAAGGAGGAAGGGACAGGGCAGGGCUGGAAAGACUCAGACCAAGCACAGAGGAUGCUCCCAGCUGGCUCAGUUCUGAGCAAGGGGCAGGUUUGUGGGUUCCAGCACCCCAUGGAAUAAUCCUUCACUGUUAGUCAGUCACUGUCCUCUGGGCUUGUGAUGACAAUUCAAGACAGAAGUUUCCUAAAGCACUAGUCAGGAGAAUUUCCCAAAGGCCACUACAGAUGCACUAAUAGUAGGUACUGGGAAAGCCAGGCUAAUGACACUGAAAAGAUUGCUUUAAAUGGACAUGAAUAUAUAUUUUUAAAUAGAAUAAAAUGCAAAGGCAAUAAACUGUGAUUAGCUCUUUACAGUCAAAUGAAGAAAAAUUAUUUCGUUCUACUCUGGACUAGAUUUGAUGGAAGAGGGAACUCAUGUUCUGAUUGUGUACUUUUUUAAUAAUUGCAAAUGGCAAUAAUUAUUAAGCUGUCAGCAAUAAUAUUAACAGGUUGUGAGGACACCGUUUUGUACCAAGUAGAGCGCACACAGCACAGUGGACUGUUAGGAGCCUGUAGAUUUUGGAAUUCUGCAUAGAUGUAAGACAGGUAUGUACUGGUGAAAAAGUUUUAGCAGCAAUGAAAGGUGCAAAGAACCUCCUUCUCCCCUUUCCUACUCCAAGCCUGCUGUUACAGUGUCCACUCACUUUGGAAUGUCAGACCCUUGCCUCCUGUGCAGGGAACACUUGACAACACAGAAUUCCUCUGCCAUAACUGAGUCUUCCAGAGGAUUCAAUCAGAAAAUAAAAAAGGCUUAUUAACACCCUUUCUAUGCAAGUUAUCAUUAUCAAGUAAAUAUUUCAGCCGAAUGCAUCUCUAUUACUGUUUAAAAUCAGAAGUCUUAACCUUUUGAGGAAGGGGAAUUUUAUGUACAUCUAAAUUCCUGUUGCUGGUCCCAAGUUGUCAGACUAAUUACAUGACUUGCAAAGGUGAAAGUCUGGCAGGGCACUGGUGCCUGAGGUUACAUAAUCACUCUUGGGAUGUGUUCAAAGUACAAACAGCAGACAAGAGGUAAAAACAGGUAAGUUCUACUCAACAUCCAGCAAUGUUCUCUAGACAGGCACUGACAGAUAGGCUGCUGUAAGCAAGCAGCUCAUAAUCACAUGAGAAUUGUCAAGCCAUAGAUGGAGUAACCUAAAUUUGGAUUCUGAGUAAACCUUUAACCUCACGCCAGUUGGACAGAGGUACCUUGUUAAUUUGCACUAUUAUGAAUGCUAAUGUGCAGAGUUAAUGCCUUACCUGUUUUGUCCCCUUACAUUUAGGGUAAAAAGCUUUGUAAUGUUUCUAGUUGAGUUGAAUGAAAACUGAAAAGGCUGUGAGCCAGCUGUGGUUACGACCAUCUCCAUAGGUUAGUUUUGUCUCCAUACUUAGCUCUCAGCAGAAGGUGUUUUAAGUACUGCAGUUAUAGUACAAACCCACCUCUGUGUUUUAUUGGGAUUUGCUGGAUUUCUGUUUUCAAGCGUUCCCUUUCCUUGUGCAGACUGACCAAGAGAUCUUUGAUGUGAUCAGUGUGUUCUGUCAAGCUGUAGGCUAGUUGAAUGUCUGUAAAGUUGCCUGGAAUGCCAUUUGUUAGGUUAUAAACUCAGACAAAUGUAAAUGAAGGGUUCUGUGUGUUGUGUAAAAAUCCUAAUUUCAGAAAUCUAAGAAAAUUGUCAUUAUAUUUGAAAAACUUGUACAGAAGAUUUUUCACUAUGUGCCUAGCUUGGGUGUCCCUUCAGCUGAAAUUAAUUUAAAAAAAGGUGCAUGAAGAGAAACAGAUAGAAAUAAAAAGUAUAUGUAGAAAUGACUAUUUUAUAUGACAUUGCCCGAUCCUGUAUUUAUUUUCUCCCUUUUCUGAAGUAUUUCUAAAGACCUAGUUGAAGACAGCUGUAUUUUUUGUUAAAAUAUUUGGUAGAACUGUGCCUUUGUCUGUAUGUGAAUAAAUGCUGUACAUUUUUGCAAUAUCCUUGCCAGCAGCGUUUUAGACUUCUCAGUAUUCUUGUUUGGGUUCUGACAGAAACAUUUCACUGCAAUGAUGUCAACAACUUUCAUGGUUAAAACAAGCACUUAAUUUGGAUUAGUACAGAUAUCACAAUGCAGA